UGGGCCCUUCUCCCCUCCCCUCCCACCGCCGCAGUGCCUGGCACACACCCCGCUUUCUCCCCGCCGGAGAGAGAGAGAAAAAAAAAUUAAAAAAAAAAAAAGAGAGAAAGAAAAGGCAGGAGAGGAAAAAAAAAAAAACCAGGGGAAAAAAAAAUCCUGCUGACAUCAUCUGGGAUGACGGGGCUGAUCCUGCCGCCGGCCCCCCCGCCGGAGCCCCACUAAUGCUCCGCUUCUCCCGGCGCAGCCGCCUUCGUCCGGCCCGAGCCAAGGGUGCCGGCGGCUGAGCGGGGUGGCAGGCGGCCGCCCAGGCCGGCCGGCCGGGCUCUGGCAUCGCCAUGCCCGGAGAAUCGGUGAAAACCGAAGGGCUGGGGGGAUUGGAGAAGGAAAACGGAAUGUUGGAGGGAUCGGAGGCAGCCGCCCCGCCGGCCACGGGCCCCCCAGAGAUGCCCACCAAGGAGGAGGCUCGCCCACAGCCCGAGGGGGCCAGCUGCGACCCUGGCCCCCCCGCCGCCACCCCCCCCAGUGAGCCGUGCCGGCCCCCCCUGCCCGCGGACCCCCUGGACACCCGCAUUGUCAUGGGGGAGGAGACACGUUCCCCUGAUGCUCCUGAGCUCCAGGGGGGUCCCCCCUCACCUGCUGUGCCUUGCCCCUUCCCUGCGCCCACCAAAGACCCCCCCCACUGCCAAGCAGCUGAGCCCCUCCCGGGCAGACCCACCACCACCACCCUGGACCCCGACCUCUUCUUCACAGCCCCCUCCACCCCCAUCCGGGUCGGGGGGUCCCGGCUGCUGUCGCCCCCCACCGAAGAGCAGACGGAUGGGGAGAGCGAGGGGCUCUGCUCCCCCCCGACCUCCCCCUCUGGCUCCUACAUGACAGCUGAGGGGGGCAGCUGGGGCUCCUCCGGCACCGCCAGCACCUCCCCGUCCUGCUCCCCCAACCUGGUGGCCGAGGCUGAGGCCGAAGGCAUGGUGGAGGCCGAAGCCAUGGCAGUGCUGUCCGCCUGCCUGGAGGAUCCCCCUGCCUUCACCCCACCAUCUGCAGAGGAGGAUGAGGAGGAGGAAGACGGGCCUUUCGCCCCGCCGGGCGAUGAUGAUGAUGAUGACGGGCAGAUGUCGGGCGAUGAUGAUGAUGACAGGCAGAUGCCGGAGGUGGAGUGGGACGUGUCGGGGGGCGAGGGGCUGCCCGGCGCGGGCCUGAUCCCGGCGGCGCUGCUGCCCUUCCGUGGCAGCCUGCUCUUCCAGGCCGAGGCGGUGGAGAUCGCCCCGCUGCCCCCCGGCGUGGCCCCCCUGCCCCUCUCCGGUGAGGAGGAGGAUGAGGAGGAAGAAGAAGAGGAGGAAGAGGAGGGUGGCAGCACUUCGGCCUCCUUCCUACGCUCACUGUCCGAGACCUCCAUCACCGAGGGGGUAGACGAGUCCUUCGCCUUCCGCGACGACACCUCCGCCUCCUCCGACUCGGCCGCCUACGAUGGCGAGGAGGACGAGCGGCUCUACGGCACCGAGCGCCACGCCAUGGGGGCUGAGGGGGGACCCCCGGGCACCGCCACCGCUCCCCCCGGCACCGACACCUCUGGGGAUGGUGGCAUCGAGCUCCACCUUCACGCCGGGAUGGCCCCGGCCAGCUCUGGCUCACCGGAGGGAUCCCCUCGGCACCACCGCGGCGAGGAGCCGGUGAGCGUGGUGCCCGGCGGGCAGGAUGCCGACGCUGAGGACCUUGGUGCCGAGCAGAUGGAGGCGGGGACGCAGGAGCAGGACAGCAGCGAGACCCCCCCAGCACCCACCGGAGAAGUCGCCAUGGAGCCGGACGGUGAGACCUUCACCUCCUCCUCUUCCUCCUCAGAGCUGGAGGACACAUCAGCCCUGGAGCCCGAUGUCCCUUGGGAGCUGGACCCUGUCCCGGUGGGGUGUGCCCUGCUGGAGACCCCCCAGCUCCCGGAGGAGGCUGCAGCAAUGUCAAGUGCUGAGAAGGAGCCGGUGGCAAAGGAUGCUUCCAGCACGGCAAUGCUGGGAGAGGGGCCCGACACGGAGCCGGCGGCGAGUGGCCUCUGUUCUGGGGAGCCCAAAGACCCCCAAACCGAUGGGCUGGGGGGGGACAGUGACAUAGUGCCAGCCAAUGGCGAGUCCCAGGGCAGCCCUGGCAGUGAUGGUGGUGACAGCGACCAUGAGCUUGGCACUGUGAGAGCAGGGAGCACAGAGCCAGCAGCCACUGAUGGCUACGAUGAGCUGGACAUGGUGGCCACCGACCCUGACCUGGUGCCAUCGGUGGUGCCCAGCCUGCCAGAUGAGCCAGACGCUGCGGCCACCGACCUGGUGACACCGGUGACGCCCAGCCCGCUGGAUGAGCCUGACACUGCGACCACCGACCUGGUGACACCGGUGACACCCAGCCCGCUGGAUGAGCCUGACACUGCGACCACCGACCUGGUGACACCGGUGACACCCAGCCCGCUGGAUGAGCCUGACACUGCGACCACCGACCUGGUGCCACUGGUGACACCCAGCCCGCUGGAUGAGCCUGACACUGCGACCACCGACCUGGUGACACCGGUGACACCCAGCCCACUGGAUGAGACUGACACUGCGACCACCGACCUGGUGACACCGGUGACACCCAGCCCGCUGGAAGAGCCAGAUGCUGUGACCACUGACUUGUUGACACUGGUGACACCCAUCACAUUGGAAGAGCCAGACACAGUGGCCACCAACCUCGUGCCACCGGUGACACCCAUCACAUUGGAAGAGCCAGACGCUGCAGCCACCGAACUCGUGCCACCGGUGGUGCCCAGCCCGCUGGAUGAGCCAGGCGCCAGAGCCACUGACCCCAGCCUGGUGCCACCGGUGACACCCAGCCCGCUGGAAGAGCCAGAUGCUGCGACCACCGACCUGGUGACACCGGUGACACCCAGCCCGCUGGAUGAGACUGACACUGCGGCCACUGACCUGGUGACACCGGUGACACCCAGCCCGCUGGAAGAGCCUGAUGCUGUGACCACCGACCUGGUGACACCGGUGACACCCAGCCCGCUGGAUGAGACUGACACUGCGGCCACUGACCUGGUGACACCGGUGACACCCAGCCCGCUGGAAGAGCCUGAUGCUGUGACCACCGACCUGGUGACACCGGUGACACCCAGCCCGCUGGAAGAGCCUGAUGCUGUGACCACCGACCUGGUGACACCGGUGACACCCAGCCCGCUGGAAGAGCCAGAUGCUGUGACCACCGACCUGGUGACACCGGUGACACCCAGCCCGCUGGAAGAGCCUGAUGCUGUGACCACCGACCUGGUGACACCGGUGACACCCAGCCCGCUGGAAGAGCCUGACACUGCGACCACCGACCUGGUGACACCGGUGACACCCAGCCCGCUGGAAGAGCCAGAUGCUGUGACCACCGACCUGGUGACACCGGUGACACCCAGCCCACUGGAAGAGCCUGACGCUGCGACCACCGACCUGGUGACACCGGUGACACCCAGCCCGCUGGAAGAGCCUGACGCUGCGACCACCGACCUGGUGACACCGGUGACACCCAGCCCGCUGGAAGAGCCUGAUGCUGUGACCACUGACUUGUUGACACCGGUGACACCCAGCCCGCUGGAAGAGCCAGACACGGUGGCCACUGACCUCAACCUGGUGCCAUCGGUGCCACCCAGCCCGUCGGAGGAGCCGGACACCGUGACCACGGACCUGGUGCCAUCGGUGCCACCCAGCCCACUGGACAGCGUCACAGCACCGUCCCUUCCACCACAGGACGUGUCCCCCUGUGAUGCUGGCAAGGAGCCGGUGGAUGGGGUGGCCUUGGUCAGCGAGUCCUCGGAGCCACCCGUGACCACGUGUCCCACGGGGCGGGGGCCGAUGGCCCAUCCCUCUUGGGACGUCGGCGAAGCCCCCGAGGAGGGGGAUGCUGCCACCACCUCCUCUGAGGAGUCGUCCCCGGAGCUGCUGGAGACCUCCCGCUCCCGCACUGACUCCAGCUUCUUCACCGCCCCCAAGGACAGCGCGGGGGAGGUGGCUGCCCCCCCCAGACCCCUAUCUUCCAACGAGGAGGAGGAUGAUGCCCAUCGCUGCCUGGCCCUCUGCCUGCCUGCCUCGCCCCCCGCCAUCCCCCCGUUGAUAUUCACCGCCUCGGAACAGGAGGUGUACGUGGGGGUCCCCCCAGCCCCCCUCGAACUGCUCCAACCACCCGGUGCCUUUUCGGAGCGCGGGGCGGCCUGGCAGCGCCGGGAGGACCGGCAGCAGGUCGCCGCCAUGUUACAGGGCUCCUUCGGGGACCUGCCGGCCCCCCGCCUCCUCCCCAGGCCCCUGGAGACCACUGAGGUGCCAGUAGAGCCCCCAGAGGGCCCCCCAAGUGAUGGGGAGAUUGAGGAGCCCCCGGCCCCCUGCGAGCCCCUGACCGUUCAGCCGGGCGAUGAGCUCCUGGGCCAGACUGCUGGAGAAACCGAUGCCAAAGUCCCGGGGGAGGGCAGCCCCCCGAGCCCCCCCAGCGAGCCCCCGGUACCCUCUGGGCAGCCGGAGGAAGAGGAGGUGGUGGCAGGGGCUGCAUCCAGCCCUCAGCCUGCUCCGGGUGCUGGUGAAGGGGGGGAUGCUCAGCUGGAGCCCCCACAGGAGCCGGCUGGGGAAGCAGCACCCCAAGCCCCGCCCGAGCCCCCCAGCCCGCUGCCGGCCCCCUGCCCUCUGCUCCCCAAACUCAGCCAAGUGCCUCCUCUCGCCGCCGCGCCGUCGCCACCAUCGCCAUGCCCGGAUCUGGCCCGCGGUUCCCCGGACACCUCAGGGCUCCCCGCCGGCGAGGAGUGUCCGUCUGUCCUGCCGCCCUCCAGGAAGCACCUCGAGGCCCCCCAGCCCUCCCCACACAAGGAGAAGGAGGCCCGAGGCAGGCAGGCAGGGACGGGCAGCCGGGGGCCCCCGCGGGGGUCCCUGCAGUCGGAGUCGAGCUCCUCCAGCGAGGCGGAGGCGCCGUACCCCUGCCCCGAGAUCCAGCGCCUGCGGGAAGCCGCCGGCAUCGCCCUGCGCCAGGAGAAGCAGCCCCCGGCCGCUCGCCGCUGUGAGGCCAACCAUAAAGGGUCGUGUAACGAGUCGGAGAGUAACGAUGAGUCCAUCCCCGAGCUGGAGGAGCCCGAGGGCUCAGAGCCGUCGGCGGCCCAGAACCAGGCGCAGCUCACCCACUCGCUGGGCACCGGGGAGGAGACUGUCAGCAAGGCGAAGCAGAGCCGGAGUGAGAAGAAGGCCAGGAAGGCCAUGUCCAAGCUGGGGCUGCGGCAGAUCCACGGCGUCACCCGCAUCACCAUCCGCAAGUCCAAGAACAUCCUCUUCGUCAUCACCAAACCUGAUGUCUUCAAGAGCCCCGCGUCCGACAUCUACAUCGUCUUCGGGGAAGCCAAGAUCGAGGACCUGUCGCAGCAAGUGCACAAAGCGGCGGCAGAGAAGUUCAAGGUGCCGAUGGAGCACUCGCCUCUGAUCACGGAGACGGCUCCCACCCUCACCAUCAAGGAGGAGAGCGAGGAGGAGGAAGAGGUGGACGAGACAGGGCUGGAGGUGAGGGACAUCGAGCUGGUGAUGGCCCAGGCCAACGUCUCGCGCCCCAAAGCCGUGCGGGCGCUUCGGCACAACAACAACGACAUCGUCAACGCCAUCAUGGAGCUGACCAUGUAGCAGCCGGCGGCGUCCCGGCCCCCCCUGUAUAGGUGCACAGUUACUUCCCCCGCCGCCAUCCUUCCUCUAGACCCCCCCCAUACUCCUCCUCCUCUUCCUCAGCGUCUGUAAUGCUCAAUAAAUGGCCUCAUGUAUCACUUGGAUCGCA